AUGUGCCUUGAAAAUAUUGCACUUCAAGGUCGUGCGACACAGUCAUCUAUCUAUACAUACAACAAUCAAGAUGGUGGCUAUGCACUAGCUAUGAAUGCAAUAGAUGGGAACUUUGAUACAAACCUUUUUCAUGGGUCAUGUAUGCAUUCCAACUAUGAAUAUGCUCCUUGGUGGAGGGUGGAUUUGCUAGGUUGCUACAAAAUAUCAAAAGUGGUUAUCACAAACAGAGGGGACUGCUGUGGAGAAAGACUGAGAGGGGCUGAAAUUAUCAUCGGAAACUCACUGGCAAAUAAUGGGAACAACAAUCCAAGGUGUGCAGUGAUAACUUCCCUUCCCAAUGGUUUUACACAAGCAUAUAUGUGCCGUAAUAUGGCCGGGCGUUACGUGAAUAUUCAUAUACCUAGAAGAACAGAAUGUCUCCAUGUUUGCGAAGUCCAGAUCUUCGGAGUUCCUGCUUACAACUAA